GGACGCAGACUUGGUUGUGGCGUUUGUAUGAGUGCAUCAGCUCCCGGGACGAAGCCCACAUAACCGCACUGGGAGAAAGUAACUGCAGGCGGGGCCAUUUAGGAUGCUCGCUCACAGAAUCGGAGCAUAGCCCAUUCUAUCAGGGAUAAGACCACGCGGCGGAUCAUUGCAGCUUACAAAAGGGUUUAUUUCCACAGAAUUUUAUUUAAAAACAUUGCACUCCGCAGGAUGCAGCCUACUGGUCAACGUGGGCUGUAAUUCUUCCACCAAUUCAGACAGACGACAGGUCAAGACAAAGUCACUUGUGAGGAGGAAAGAGGGCAGCGACUCCUGGGAGAGCUUCCCUCUGGAUAACCUUGUGGCGGAUCCGAAUCUAUUAAGCGCCACCGGGAGGUUAUCAUUCCAUCAGAGGUGUUGGAAGAGCUGCAAAUGGCUGAACUCUGCUGUUGGGACAGUCAUGCACUUGCAUCUGGGAGGUGACAAACAAGCACGCGACUGUCUUUGACAAGGAAUUGGUGUCCAAGCUUUCCCCGCUGUAGUUGCUUUAUCAUUGCCUAAGCAAGUAUCGGUUUCCAGGGAUAACGCUCAGUUGGAGAUUUGCCUUCAAAUGGGCGAAUGAAAGAAGGCGCGGGGAGCUCAUGUGGAGAGCAAAUGUUCGCGCAACGCGGCAGUGCGCCGGUUUAGCGGCGUUUUCUCCGCUCGUAAAACCUGUUUUAGUGGAUCAAGAGCGGACGCUGGGUUUCUGUGGGCUGCCACCGGCACCGCACCUCUUUUAUUGAAACUCGACUGAUCCGCCUCACGUGGCACAAAAGCCCCCAAAGAGAGCUUUAAAAAGCGAGGAGACGAAAAUAGAAAAGUGGACAUCGGUUCUAUAAAUGUUUCUGAUGAGGAGUGGGAUUAUUUCACGCAUUUUUGGUUGAGAGGAAUUGUGCAUUUGGCUAGACAAGAGUGGAGAUACCUGGAGAAAUAACCUCUAUCACCAGCGAGGAGGCGAGGGAGACGCACAGGUUGGCCUCCCUCCCUCCAGGCUGCCUAUAGUAAAUCUGUCAGUCACUAUAGAUGUUCUUCAUGUUGACCCUAAUUAAAUCACAGCACACUUGACAGAGUCGCUGUGUUUCAAGGGGACGAUCAUGGAACGGCUGUGGUUGUCUUUGCUGUUGCUGGCGGCAGCAUGCAAGGGACAGCAAUGUCCAAAACGUUGUAUGUGCCAGGGCCUUUCACCAUCGCUUGCUAUACUGUGCUCUAAAACAGGCUUGCUAUUUGUCCCUGUUGCCAUAGACCGACGUACCGUGGAGCUCCGGCUUCAAGAGAACUUCAUCACAGCUGUUCGUAGGAAGGACUUUGCUAACAUGACCAGCCUGUUGCAUCUGACUCUGUCCAGAAAUACCAUCAGUCAGAUCCUUCCCUCAGCUUUCAGUGACCUUCGGCGACUAAGAGCGCUCCAUUUAGACUCAAAUAGAUUAACUGUUAUUAAGGAUGAUCAUUUCAAAGGCCUUACCAACCUUCGCCAUUUAAUUCUGGCCAAUAACCAACUCCAUGCCAUAUCUCCCCAUGCUUUUGAUGACUUCCUGUCCACACUAGAGGAUUUGGACCUUAGCUACAAUAAUCUCAUAAAAGUUCCUUGGGACACAAUUGGCCGCCUCACAAAUGUCAAUACUUUAAAUAUGGAUCAUAAUCUUAUUGAAAAUGUUCCCCAAGGUGUUUUUACCAACCUACACAAACUUGCUAGAUUGGACAUGACAUCUAAUAAAUUGAAAAAAAUUCCUCCUGACCCCCUAUUCCUGAGAAUCCCAGUUUAUGCAAAAUCUAAAGGCAGCCCCCUGUCAUCCUUGGUUUUGAGUUUUGGUGGAAACCCACUCCAUUGCAAUUGCGAACUCUUGUGGUUGAGAAGACUGACCCGAGAGGAUGAUUUGGAGACGUGUGCGUCACCUCAAGACCUUAGUGCCAAAUACUUCUGGACAAUACCUGAAGAGGAAUUUAUUUGUGAUCCACCAGUGUUAACCCGUAAAUCGCCCCAGACUGUGUCAUUAGAGGGCCAACCUACCAGUCUCAAAUGCAAAGCAAAUGGGGAUCCAGAACCAGAAGUGCACUGGAUCAGUCCAGAAGGGAGACUAAUAUCUAAUGGCACAAGAACAUUGGUUUUCCCUAAUGGAAGCUUGGAGAUCAAUGUCACAUCACUGAAGGAUUCUGGAAACUUCACUUGCAUUGCCUCUAAUGCAGCAGGUGAAUCCACAGGAAGAGUGGAACUGGUUGUUACACCAAUGCCCCAUCUAGCAAAUAGCACAAGUCGUAGCAGAGACCCAUCAGAGGCCAGAGAACCUGCCCCUUCUGACAUUCUAACCUCGUCUAAAGCCUUGAUGCCGAACAAUGAGACCAGAGCAGGAGAUCGUAGGGUUUCCUUGGUGGAGCUGACUGGAAACUCUGCCCUCAUUAGAUGGAGCAGUCAGACAACUAUGUCAGGUGUCAGGAUGUUCCAAGUCCAGUACAACAGCUCAGGGGAUGACACACUGGUGUACAGGAGAACAUCUUGCAAUAUAUUUAAAGAUCUCUGGCAAUAUCUUGUGGUAUUACUCGUUAUAUUUUCACAUGCUGCACUUUGAGAACUUAGUUAUCCUGAUUGGUUUCCAUGGCAACACUUGAGCAAUACCAGGUUAUGUGAUGAAUGGAAAGUUAUUUUGAAGGAUUUCUAUGAAAAAUAGUUGGAGUAUGUCUUUCAAACUGUAUAUUGUCAUCCCACUUUCUUGAUUAGCAUCAUGCAGUGUUUUAGCUGAAUAAUGUACCGUAUUUUUCGGACUACUAGUCGCACCUGAGUGUAAGUCGCACCAGCCAUAAAAUGCCCAACGAAGCGAAAAAAAACCCUAUAUAUAAGUCGCACCCGAGUACAAGUCGCAUUUUGGGGGACAUUUACUUGAUAAAAUCAAACAUAUAGAACUGAUCUGUCAUCUUGAAAGGCAAUUUAAUAUGAAAAUACAAUGGAGAACAACAUGCGGAAUAAGUAUAUAGAGCAUGAACAACGAAAUGUGAAUAUACUGUCCUCACCAGGACGCUACAGCUCGGUCUUGGCUAUACAGCAAUCUAAACUAAUCUAAAUGACGAUGCUGACGUCCGUAUAAUUUGCGGAAUCAAUUUCGUCCUCGAUACCAUACAGGUUUGCAUCAACGUAAAUAAAUGAUAAUUAGGUGCUGUUACAGCAAUGACACAAACGGUUAGCAUGCGUUCGCUAGCAUUAGAACAUCGUUCAAACAACCACACAACUGGCUUUAAGUGUCCGAUCGCGGGUGGAAAACACACAACAACAACAGAAAGGAUGAUUCACACAGGCAUGGCCUCUGUAGAGAUAUUUUACUGGCAUAAACAAUGAACGUAGGUUCGCAGCCGUGUUUCUCUCUCGCUAACUCGCCCACUCAGUCAAGCUGCGUAGCUGUCCGUCUUCUUCUGGCGUGUGAGUGGUCUUAUUCAUGUAAACAAGUGCGAGUGCGCCCUCACGUGGGCGUGAACGCGCCACAAACUAAAAGCAUGCAUUUCAAUAUAAAAAAGUAAAUAAUACAACUGAACACACAUUGCCAAAGGCAGAACGCGAACGUGGCCAUAGCUAUUAAGUUAUACAAAUAACUUUAGCGUAAAAAACAUGCUAACAAGUUUACCAAACCAUCAGUGUCACUUCAAAACACCAAAAUAACAUGUGAAAUGAUAUCAUAAUGUGUUAAUAAUUUCACACAUAAAUCGCUCCUGAGUAUAAGUCGCACCCCCAGCCAAACUAUGAAAAAAACUGCGACUUAUAGUCCGAAAAAUACGGCACUCUAAGUCUAAGAUAAUGUAAUACAGUAGAAUGCAUUUUGAAGAAUGUAGUUUGGCUUAAACUGAAUCAUUUGUUUUGUUGUCUGUAAGAUUCACUCUCUAAGACAAAUUGCUUAUUUACAUUUUAAAUAUUGCAGCUGUUCUCUUUAAAGCAAUCUAUUUGUAACACGCAUUCUAUGUUGCAGUUAUACAAAUGAUAUAUCUUUGGGCUAUGUGAAGUCAAAAUAGUGCUGCAUUUGGGAAGUCCAGUACAACAGAAAAUACUGGGAAACGGUGUAUUAUUUGAAAGGACACAUUUGCCUUGUCUAACUGGAUCUACGCAUAUCCAUUCUGAAAUAUGUCAAUGAAAAGAUUAGAAUUUGUGCAUUACCUCUAAAUAUUGAUGACAACCAUGAGCGCAAAUGAUUCUAAAUUUCUUGAUUUCCAUAUACCUACCUGCACUUUAGUCCUUAUGGCUAAAUCCAUCACAGCUAACUCUAUGAUUUAUCUUAACAUCAUGCUCACAACCUAUGAGAACCCAUUAGGGGAUGCGUCACCGCAUAGCCUUUUCGGAGUACAAAAUAAAAAGCAAUGCACAAUAAGUGCAAGUGCAUGUUUGCGUAGUUCCUUCCUCCUGCUAUCUGUCUUUGGUCAAUAUCCAUUAGCCUGGCUGAGGCACUUUACUUUAAAAAGAGAAGGCUGAGGAAAAGAUGGGGCAGGGAAUGACAGUGUAGAGAAAGGGGAUCAGAGAGGGCUGGAAAAUAUGGAUACUCAUAACAGACACUCUUUGUGGUUGCUGCGUCAUUAUUGCAUCUAAAACAAAUCCAGGUACACUGCAUGGUAUUGCUUUUUCCUUCUCAAAGUCAUAUGAUUUUAAUUGACCACUCCUUAUUUUUUAUUUCAAGAACCAAAUUAAUUAUGUUUUAGUUAUUUGCUUUGUUAAAAAAAAAUGAAGACAUCCAGAAAUACAGUACUUAUUUAAAUGAAGUAGUACUGUCCACAUUUGUAACGUAUGGUGUUUUGCUCAUUAAGUCACCAAAAUGUUUCAGUCAUACACAAGAAGGGCACCCCGUAUUUACUGGAUGAAAAUGGGAAUACUUUGCUUAUACAGUAUGCACUUUAAGAAUCGGCUCCAGUCAGACACACCAAACAGUUUUCUUGUACUCCAAAGAGAGAAAGUAAAUAUUUUUUUUCAUUAAUGGAUCAAUUUAACUGAUUAUGUACACAACAUCUUGUAUGUUUGUGUGAAUCAACAUGGAAACCAUUUGUUGAAAGAAAACUGACCUGUUCUUUGGAGCUGGGCUCCUGCGAACGCUCCUUCUUUUCCAAUAAAAGGAAAAAAAAAAAAAAAAAAAAAAAAAGAAGAAGAGGAAUUUAGAGUUUGGACGUGAAAGCUUGGUGAAGACAUGAGACUUUCUCAUUGGCCCUUAAUUGAUAUCUGUACAGCAUUUUCACUGCAAAAUAAAACUCGUUCGGAUUCGGUUCACAAAGGAUGAUAUUAACUUGUUUCCAUCACGUCUGAAGAAACCAGAUCUAUGUCUUUUGU